AGUUUCAGGCAAUGUCAUGGUAUUCCGGCGAAUAUGUAGCAGUAUUAGUUAUUCAGGUUGAAUCAAACAUUCGUAGCUAUCGCACGGUUGCGUAGUCUAAUUAGGUGCAAAAGGGUUGGACAAACUUGCUGAUUGUCAUCAGUUACUUUCACUCCCGGUGACUAAGCCCACAUGUACGAUUACGUGUGGUAUCACACUUCUGGCAGUCUUUCUGAAGGCUUGAAAAGAAGGUCGUGAUCAAGGCUGCAAGUAAUGCGAACCUUCAGCGGAUCCGCAUUCUUUCACACGGCUUUCUCGCUCAAAUUUGGAAUCUGUGCCAGAACGAAAUUUUUAUCCUCGCCCAAGCGUCUGUGAAAUCGGGCUAACAAUCUUCACAAUUUUGCCCGACCCAUCAUGACCGAGGAUCCCUAUUCUUCAGGCCAAUUGAAUUGUUCCAGGAUGACUUUAACAUGCUCAGCGUUUGAUGUAAGCAUUGCCUGAUUCCUUGGACGUCAGUGUCAUUUUUUGGCGGAGCACGGGUCGAACCCAGUGAGCGCGUGUUGUGAUCCCAUUUGGUUGUGAGUGACGACGACUCAUAGCCAUGACUCUCGAGCUCCGAGUCGGAAAUAAGUACCGAUUGGGGCGCAAAAUCGGCAGUGGUUCUUUCGGUGACAUCUAUUUAGGUACAAACAUCUCCACUGGCGAAGAGGUCGCCAUCAAGUUGGAAUGCACGAAGACGAAACACCCGCAAUUGCAUAUCGAAUCAAAGUUCUAUAGGAUGAUGCAAGGUGGGAUUGGCAUUCCAUUGGUCAAGUGGUGUGGAUCAGAAGGGGACUACAACGUGAUGGUUAUGGAACUUCUUGGGCCUAGUUUAGAGGAUCUGUUCAACUUCUGCUCGAGAAAGUUCUCCUUGAAGACUGUUCUUCUUCUCGCCGAUCAGCUAAUUAGUAGGAUAGAGUAUAUCCACAGUAAACAUUUCAUUCAUCGGGACAUAAAGCCGGACAACUUUCUGAUGGGACUGGGGCGGAAGGGCAACCUGGUGUACAUCAUAGACUUCGGUCUUGCGAAGAAAUAUCGCGAUUCCCGGACCCACGUACAUAUCCCAUACAAGGAGAACAAGAAUUUAACGGGUACAGCCCGUUAUGCCAGCAUCAACACUCACCUUGGCAUAGAACAAAGCCGGAGAGAUGACAUUGAAUCCCUAGGUUACGUUCUGAUGUACUUUAAUCGCGGCUCUUUACCUUGGCAAGGCUUGAAGGCCGUUAAUAAGCGCCAAAAGUACGAGCGGAUAUCUGAGAAGAAGAUGUCGACGCCUGUUGAUGAGCUUUGUAAAGGCUUUCCGACCGAAUUUUCAACGUACCUGGAGUACUGUCGGUCAAUGCGCUUUGACCAGAAACCCGACUACAGCUACCUCCGACAAUUGUUCAGAAACCUCUUCCAUCGUCAGGGAUUUACUUACGAUUAUGUGUUUGAUUGGAAUAUGCUCAAAUUCGGUGCUAUGCCGAGGUCUUCUGAGCAUCCUGAACAGCCAGCCGUUGCUGCAGCGAUGGUUAAUCCAUCGAUGGAUGAUAACAUAGCGCAGUACGCUGAUAACCUGGACGCUGCGUGUUCAGGGAAAAUCGCAAAGUAUCUCACGUCCAUGUCGUCGUGCGCCUCGCGUCUUGCCCACAAGAAUUCUUUAUCUUCCUCCGCGAUGGGAAGUAGUUCUGUUGACAAUGUUGGUGGCUGCAUCCGGAACCACGCCUUGAACAAACCGGUCAUUAAGUCGCAAAGAAUCCCGGUCUCGAAAAUCCCGUUGCGAUUCCGCGAAGCGCAAUAG